UUCGCCGAGCAUCAACACGGAUUUCGGAGACUGCACAGCACAACAACAGCUUUGCAUGCCAUCACCACACACAUUUGCCGUGGCUUCAAUCAACCCAGGCCAUGUGAUAGGACGGUCCUCGUGGCACUGGACCUAUCGAAGGCAUUCGACACGGUCAGCCAUGCCAAAUUAUUUGAGGACAUCGCCAACACGUCCCUCCAGCCAGGCCUGAAACGUUGGGUCGCGAAUUAUCUGUGUGGCCGCCAGUCAUUGGUGGAAUUUAGGGAUAAGAAGUCAAAACACCGUAGAGUGAAACAGGGAGUUCCCCAAGGUGGGGUGAUAUCUCCGGCUCUGUUUAACCUCUACCUAUCCUCCAUCCCACCUCCUCCAGACGGCAUAGAGAUCGUAUCAUAUGCGGACGAUUGUACGAUCAUGGCAUCAGGCCCCCCACCCAUUGAUGACAUCUGCGAUAGGUUAAACGUCUACCUCAACGAGCUUGCCUCAUAUUUCGCAGCAAGAAAUCUGAAGAUAUCCGCCACCAAAUCUUCAGCCACACUGUUCACUACAAAUACGCGUGAGGUGAAUACUGAGCUGACUGUGAUGGUCGAUGGAGAAAUGAUUCCGACCAUCAAGUGUCCCAAAAUACUUGGCGUCACAUUUGAUAGCUCCUACACUUUCUCCCCACAUGCCACAGCAAUCUGCAAUAAAGUCAAAAGUAGAAACAAGUCACUCGCUGGCAGCACUUGGGGUGCAGACAAAGAAACCUUGUUGACCACGUACAAAGCAAUUGGCCGGUCUGUGGUAAGUUAUGCAGCGCCAGUGUGGUCUCGUCAACUUUGUGACACGCAGUGGAAUAAUAUUCAGAUCUGUCAGAAUGCCGCCCUCCGAACUGCGACGGGCUGUCUCCUCAGUUCUCAUGUGGACCACCUCCAUCAGGAGACAAAGAUCCUACCAGUGCGAAGACAUAACUACAUGCUGUCUAAGCAAUACCUUUUGGGCUGUUAUCGCAGAAAUCAUCCAAAUCAUCAUCUUGUGGAUGGAUACCCACCGCCCAGAAGCCUUAAGGUAGAUCUACACGAUCUAGAGCGUGAGGUCCAGCGCUACAAGAGAGAACCUCUAGAUCAAGCGGCAUAUCAAGCGGGUCUGAACAACAUUCAUGCAGACACGGUAGCAGACGCGUUAAUUGGCUACCGGGUGAAUGUAGUCCUUGUAGUCCUCCCCCGGCAAACCAGAGUGGUUCUGGCUCAAUUACGUUCCUACAGAUGCAGCCGCCUCAAUUCCCACAGAGCUAGGAUUGAUGCCGACGUGCAAGAUGUAUGUCCCGAUUGUAACCAGGGACCGCACGAUACACGUCACCUGUUUAACUGCCCGGCCAGACCCACUCGACUCAGACCCAGAUCCCUGUGGACGCACCCCAUCCUAGUCGCGGAGUUCCUGGGUCUUGACACUCAACAGAAUCAAGCAGACGAAAGAUAGUACACAAUAAACUGCUACAACAACAACAGCAACAUAAGCACCACACAGGCUGGAGCUUUGAGCUCCGACCUGUGAGGCGGUCAAAUGUAGUUAUCACGAGAAGCUUAGCUGCGAGCUACCGGGUGCAUCCACAGAUUGCGGAUAGUGGGAUGCAUGGUAUACGGAGUAGCUGCAACUGCAAAUGAAAAAUUUAAAUGAAAUACUGAGUGCCUAUGAUGCUCGAUAUAACAAGGCGAGUUUUUUGGCUCCUUUAAAUAAACAAUGACCAUUAUGUUCCCGCAGCGAGAUUGACGGGGAUCGCUACCUCCACAUGCAUUGUGGCUAUAAAAACAUUAUAACAACAACAUAUUUGUACCCUCUUUCUUCGAAAGCUCUAAUUGAAGCAUUGUAUACAUGGCUGUGCUGUGAAAAAUGCAGCGGAUCCAGAUCUUAUAUGUCUUUCGUUUUAUCACCAUCUACAACUACAUGCCCACCGGGGAGUGCUGGUCUGCACUGCAAUUCCUCUUGUCACUAGAUAUCGCCUUGUUUAUCAUAUAUAACACUAUGGGCCAUGUUAAAAUGUUGAUCCUUGUUUUAUUUUAUGUCCCGCAUACUAGGCCCAUUUAUUUUUUUAUAAGUUGGUAAUCUGUUUGUAUUUUCCCAGAAAUAACUGUCAAACUCUUCCGUAGCACUGUAGUAAGCAUUCCAUCUAUAACGCCGAACGCCUGGGUUCGAAACCUGACGAGAACAUGAGAAUAUAUUUUGUGGUGGUUGUUUCCUUACUAAAAAAAGUGUUACCCAGUGAUUGAUAUGUGGAAUAUAUCACAGCUGUUACUGUGGUGGCCACCAUCGCGCAGAGGUCAGCAUAUCCGUCCGCCUUUGACGCUGAACUAGUAGUCAUAGUUUAGGAGUAUUGCGGCCUACAUUGAUUUGCUUUUCAUUUAAAUACAUUGUUGUUGUUGUAGCAGUAUGUUAUACACUGAGGCGGCCGCCCUUGCCGAUGAAAGACUCCAUCGGGCCAAUCUGGUACGUACAGCCGGCAGCCAUGGGAUUGCAUCCACUGUUUUGGCGUAUUGUGACCGACUACACAUUUUACCAGAAUAAAGAUGUUAGAUUAAAGUCGACUUUCAACUAAUUGAUUAAUCAAUUUUUUACAUAAAACAGACGAAAAGUCUGUUUAGAAAACGAAUAAUCGACAUUAAAGUCAAAAAAGUUGAAAAAUAAAAAAGUCGAGAAAUAAAUAAAAUCGAACAUUUUCGAAAAAAAAAUCUAAAAAAGUCGAAAUGUCGAAAAAAUUUAAAAUGUAUUUAGUCGAGUUUUGCCGCCGAUUGCUUCGAAUAUUUGUUUGCUAUGGUUGCAAUAGUUACAGGAAAUACUGGAAAUGGAGCGUUUAAAAAAACCCCAAAAAUAAUACCCAAAAUCAAAAGUGGACCUAUUGGGACAGUAUGGGUAUCAAAUGAAAGGUAUUGGAAAGUAGAAUGUUCAUAUGAUAUUAAAACUUGGGUUCAAGUACCGACCCCAAAACUCCGCUCCAACCCCACCCCAAAACUCCGGUCCAACUCCACAGACAUAGUGGAGUUCAUGUCAAUAAGGGGCUCAAAAGAAAGGCAUUGGGACGUAUACUACGAAUAUGGCAUAAAAAUCAAGUCCAAGUUAAUGCAUAUUAGCCUAGCAUGUUAGCCGACUAUGGAAAUAUGGGGCUCAAAUUAAAGUAAUAGCUUCGACUUCUCACAUUCCGGAUCUCCCUCCUGUUCCAGUGUUACUUGCGCGUUCAUCGACCACACCCUUAACUCAGACUGUCCUAUGGCCUUCACUGCCAAAUUGUCUGCUCUUUCAUUCCCCCUUACUCCGCUAUGAUCCGGCAACCAAACGAUGCGGAAUAUGUCAUCCUCAGAGAAGGCGUUAAUAUCUUUCUUACACUCCAAGACUGUUCAUGACUUUACCGUCCUGAUUGUUAUUGCCCUGAUGGUCAGUUUACAGUCUGUAAAGAUGUUCACACUCGACGUCUCACGCGUUCUGUGAUCGCCCGGAUCUCCGCCUGCAUGCGCGUAUUUUGGUCAGGCAAUCGAAAACAGAUAUCAGUCCCUGGGUUCGCAAUGUCUCAUGCCCACUCUGUCCUCUAGCUUUGAUCCAUCUGUAUAGCAUUGGCAAUAUGGCAAUUUCAAAGUACCGUCAAUUCAAGACUUGCUUAUGAUAUAUUCGAGAUAAAAAGACCGCUAAGGAAAUGUGAGGAGCUUAAAAGCGACAUUUGAGAAGAAGUCUAUUGUAAGUCAACUAUUGGUGAGAAAGCAAUUAAUAAAUAUGAAGAUGAAUGAGUGUGA